AUGAGCGAGUCGGACCUGAGCACCAGCAGCCGCGCGGCCGACAUCACCGUGGGCGCCGCCGGCAAGGUCGGCGAGGGCGUCAACUCGUACUACGUGUACAAGGUCACGUCGGCCGAGGACGUGGUGGUGGAGCGCCGCUACUCGGACUUCCUGUGGCUGCACCACCAGCUCUCCAAGCAGUGCGCGGGCUACGUGAUCCCGCCGCUGCCGGCCAAGGUCGUGGGCCUGCUGCAGGGGCCCGAGUUCCUCGAGCACCGGCGCGCGGGCCUCGAGCGCUUCCUGCGCAAGGUGGUGAACCACGACGAACUGCGCAACUCCAACUUCUUCCGCAGCUUCCUCGAGUGCUCCAUCGUGGAGCUCACGGCGCUCAAGGCCGAGGCCCAGCGCGCCAACUCGGUCAACGCCACGUCCAUGUCGUCCGUCGUGCAGCGCACACAGAUGCUCAACAACUGGUGGGGCAAGACCUACCAGCGCAUGGUGGAGAACGACACGCUCAACAUCUUCGGCUCGCGCGGCAACGCCGAGGACGGCGAGACCAGUGGCGUGAUCGAAGACCCCGAGUUCACCAAGGUGGCCAAGUACGUGGCCAAGCUGUACGCGCAGAUCCAGUCGCUCAAGACUAAGGUGCGCGCCGCCAGCCACCAGAACAAACUGGCGGCCGGGGCCCACUGCGACCUCAUCGAGUGCCUCAACUGGGUGGCCGACGCCGAGGAGGAGAACGCCGAGAUGCCCACGUCCUACUACAGCGCGCUGCUGGCCAUGCUGGACACGCGCGCGCGCCAGAUGGACGCCGAGCUCGAGGCCUUCUCCGCCAGCGUGGACGACAUCGCCCGCUGGGUCAAGGCCGUGCAGAACGCGCUGGACGUGCGCGAGGACCGCCGCUACCUGUACCAGGCGCAGCUCGCGGCGCACCGCAAGGCCGUGAACGGCGACGGCCCGGACUCGCCGUCCGCCACCAGGCUCAGCAACGCCCUCGUCGCGGCCAAGGACGAGUUCGAGCGCGUGCACGCGCGCGUGAUGCGCGAGGUGGAGCGCUUCCGCGGCCAGAAGGCCGUGGAGCUCAAGAAGCUCUUUCUCGAGUUCGCGCAGCUGCAGCUGCGUAACUCCAAGGAGCUGGAGAAGAUCGUGGCCCAGAGCGCCACGGAGCUCGAGACGCCGCUGCCGCCCAAGCUGCUGUACGCCGCGCAGACCCCCGCCAGCAUGUUCGAGUCGCGCGACUCGUUCGGCCUGGACAAGAACGACGCCAUUGGCGCCACCAAGUCCACGGCGUCGACCCAGUCCCCCACUGGCAGCAGCGGCGCCGACCACCUGUCCAAGGCGGAGGCGCCCGUGGCCGCCGAGACCUACUCGGACGUCCAUAUUUAA